AUGGUUAACACUAUUGUCGUGGUCGGCGCGGGCGUCAGUGGCCUCACCUCGGCGCUGCUGCUCGCUAUGGGCAGGCGGGCCAGCGUCACGGUGGUUGCGAAACACAUGCCGGGCGAUUACGAUAUUGAGUAUGCGUCGCCGUGGGCUGGCGCCAACGUCUCGCCAAUGGCAAGCCUGGACGACAGCCGAUGGGAGCGACGGACCUGGCCGGAGCUGAAGCGCCUGGCCGAGGUGGCCCCAGAAACGGGGAUACACUUCCAGAAGUACCGCAUCUACAGGCGUGAACAGGACAUGCAAGGCAGCAAGCGCGUUGCGGACCCCAUGUUCGACGAUGACCCCUGGUACAAGGACGUGAUGCCGGAGUAUCGCGAGCUGCGCGCCAACGAGGUCAUCCCGGGACACGACUCGGGAUGUGAGUUUACCAGCGUGUGCAUCAACACGGCGACGUACCUGCAGUGGCUUCUCGGACAAUGUCUCGCGCACGGCGUGGUGGUACGGCGGAUGGUGCUGCGUGACUUGGCGGAGGCCCAGUACCUCAGUCAUGCGGGCCGGCCAGCGGACGUGAUUGUCAACGCGACGGGACUCGGCUCGCUGCGGCUCGGGGGCGUGCAGGACGAGGCCAUGAUGCCUGUGCGCGGCCAGACGGUGCUGGUGCGUAACGAGUGCACGCCCAUGGUGUCGACUUCGGGCACCGACGACGGCGACACGGAGAUUCUAUACCUGAUGCAGCGGGCCGGCGGCGGGGGCACCAUACUUGGCGGCACGUACGACAUGGGCAACUGGGAAUCGGCGCCGGACCCCAACAUUGCCGUGCGCAUCAUGCGGCGCGCGGUGGAGGCGUGCCCGGACUUGGUGGGCGGCGAGGGCCGAGGCAUCGAGGCGCUCAGCAUCGUGCGACACAAUGUCGGGCUCCGGCCGUACCGCAAGGGCGGCGUUCGCAUCGAGCGGGAGAGGCUGCGUCUUGGCGACGGCCGGGACGAGGCGACGGCGCCGUGGGUGGUGCACAAUUACGGACACGCGGGAUGGGGAUAUCAAGGGUCGUACGGCUGUGCGGAGCGUGUCGUCGAGCUCGUCAACGAGAUUCGCCUCGGGCUGCCCGUGACCCCCGGGCACCAUAUACAGACAUUUGUGCUAAGCAGGAGACCUGAUCCUGAUACUAAGUACGUGGUUGUUGAGGACGAGCCCGUGGAUUGA